UCCUUCCUUCCAGCCCAUACUCUAAAGCUUAGGAAGGGAACGCAUUGCUCUCUGGAGUACAAUCCACUAUGAGGAGGAAUGCGGCUUUUCUCUUUUAAAGCUCUGCUGUUUUUUUUUAACGUAAACCCCUGAACGUAAUUAUUAUCCGUGGGUGAUUUUUAAAUACCAAAUUAACUCUCGUAACUUCUUGUGUUUUGACUCUCUCUCUCACACACACACACACACACGCGCGCGCACACACGCUCUCUCACGCGCAGAGUGGGAAGUUCCUCGCAGCAGCCUGACUCGAGAAGAAUGAGGAAACACCAGCAAACAUCAAACUCCUUUAUAGCUAGCAGGUAACCUCCCGUCUUUAACAUCUCUCCGAGUUGUCCGGACCCUGAACACGCCGGUUUGGCUCCUCUGAAACUCAGGACUCUUCUCCCAGACCCAUGGCGGUUUCUGCAGCGAGCGACAGUGGCACACAUAACAAAACGGAUAGUAAUAAUGGAGCGACGGGAUCAGACAGCUCAACUCACCCUGAGUACAUAGCCUUCGGCCUGGUGCCCGUCUUCUUCCUCCUAGGUUUGCUGGGCAUGCUAAUCUGCCACAUACUGAAGAAGAAGGGCUAUCGCUGCACCACAGAUGCUGAGGAACCCGAUGAGCCUGAGGGAGAGGAGGAGAAACAUCUGGAAGACGGAGAUAUGAAUGACACCUACAGCGAAGGCAACACGGACACUGUGGGUCAGAUCGUUCACUACAUCAUGUCAAACGAAGCCAACACAGAUGCCCUGAAGGCCAUGGUUAGUGCAAACAGCAUAGAUUCUGAUGGCGCUCCUGUAACACCAACCACGCCAGCUCCUCCGACCCCAGUGAGCCCUGUCUCACCUGGAGCUCCUGCCGCAGCAGCCAAACACACCUGUAACCACCUUCACACCAUCGGAGGAGUGGUGGGGCACAACAACAUGUGUAACCGCUGCAAUCAGAAGAAGUGGCCCCUCAUGCGGCGUGGCUCGAAUAGGAAAGUGGAGCGGCGCGCACAUGCUGGAGAGGUCACCGUGCUGGCAGUUGGCAGGUUCCGCGUGACCAAAACUGACCCACGGCCGGCCCGUGAAAGACGCAGCCUGCUGAUCACUGAGCCUAACGGCAGUGUCCCUACCACUCCGAUAAAGACCGAGGCAGCUUCACUGAACAGCAUCACAGAUACACAGCCUAAGGCCGAGGACGACCAUAAAAAGUGAACGUGUGGAAGCCAUAUCAGUUCAAGUGUAGUCAAAAGCAAAUUUUAAAACAUGUUUUAAACCCAACCAUGGCAUUGACAUAGCAGAGAGGGAGAGAAAGUAACUCCAAGGCUCCGAAGACGAGACGGAGGUGAAAGAUGGUCCGACGCAAAUCAGCAAAACCGAACAGGCCUUUUAAUUUGAAGUGCAGUAUUAGACUCCGACCUCUGGCCGCUGCGGGUUUGUUUGUGUAUCGGGGAAGGGAGGAGGAAGGCACUUAUUCCAUCACCAUGUCAAUCCUCCCUUUAUAAACACACUGCAUCAUUAACCCCGCACAGAGUCGUUUUGUACAUUUUAAUGUCUGCGAGCGUAUCAAUGGUUAAUCCCCAGUCAAACAUGCGCUCACAUUUCACAGUAGACUCCAGAAUAAGUACCUGACCUAAGGUCAUGUGACUCAGUUUACUAUUUCCAAGAAGCAGGGAUUGUUUGUUUGUUUGUUUUUUUUUUAAAGUGCACUCUUUUCAGUUCGAUCACUAAACAGCACCACACACCAAAAAAGAAAAACAAAAAACCCCAACCUUGGGUUUAAAUUUAAUGCAGCACAUGUCUAAACGCACCUGUACGACCGUUUCACCUGACCACCACAUGACUUACUGUUUGCCUUUUGCUUUGCCAAACCCUUUGUGCCUUUUAAUUAGAUCGGUUUGAUGUUUAACGUAAUUUCUGCAAACGUCCGCUCACUUGUCUAUUUAUUACUCCUAGUGUCGCUAAAAUGCUUUCUGUUUUCGGAAAUAUAUACACAUACGCAGUUUUUAUGACGUAGUCUCACACCAUGGUUUAGUAGUCUGUACUUUUCCCAAGUAUCUUCUUGAAGCCAUAUGCAAGAGUAUAUCAUGAUGCAAAUAAACAAAUCCUGCUCAAAUAAAAACUAGCAAGGAAAAAAAAAAGGGACAAAAAGUUUAGGUGACAUGGGGAGCUUCUGUGUAAAAUAUAAUCACAGUUCACUAGUCAUAAAAUAGCUUCCUUCAGUAGUGCUUUAGGAAAAACGUUGCACCAGAUCACCCAAAACUGCAUGGUUUAUUCACGUUUUUAUCUACCUGUCUGGUUACCUCAGAAUAAAAAAAGAACUGUGUGUCAUAAACUAAUACAAAUACACAAUGAAUACAGUAAUAAUGUUAUACUAGUUGUCUACUCUCACGCUGAUUCCUGUUGCUUAUUUAACCAGUAGUUAAUGUUUAUAAAAAAAUUAAUCACGUCGGAAUAUAAAUGGCCUUGCAUUAGCUACUGUAUUGAAGAAAGGCCCUGUGAGAUCCUGGGAAUCUCAGUUCACUACAGUUUAGCCGAUACACAUUUGCCAAUACCUUUAUUAUGUGGAUUAUAUGAGGAAACUGGGGAGGUGUGUUGGGGGAAUAAAAGAAGUGGUGAAGUGCACUUUUGUUCAUAUGUUACCCAGAAUAAUGAACGUUUUGGAGCUUUGUAUAUCUACAGCAAACAAUGCAAUAUUUUUCUGACAAAUGAUCGGAAUCACAGUUUUAUUCGAAGCUUUAUUCAGCUUUGGGGGAAAAAAUGAUUGCUAUCAAAUUGCAUAUUAAUACUAAAGUGUAUUUAUGUAAGAUCUGGAGAAUAUUUCAGAAUCUAGUUAAUCCAAACCUUCUAUGCCAAACUUGGCGGAUCUGUCUCCGCUCACUUAAUGCUUCUUCCAAAAGCCCAAAACGUUCCUGUUAAAGAGUGACGGACUAUUUAAGCACUGUCACACAUUCAGCUAGUCCCUGCUACCUCUCGUUCUUUUAGGAUUUUUAGGUGACGUCCUUCGUGGAGAAAUUUGACGACCAAAAUAAUCUGACGAUUUGUGUAUUUAAGAAUAUUUUAAACAUGUAAGGGAAUAUCGAAAGUCAAAUAAAUGUUUUGCAUUGAAUUAAAAAAAAAA